AUGUCUGGCAAUAACUGCACUGCUGUGACUGAAUUCAUUAUUUUGGGGUUAAUAGAUGACCAGAUCCUUCGUGUCAUCCUCUUUGUGAUAUUUCUAGGUGUCUAUGCUGUCACCUUACUUGGUAACAUUAGCAUAAUCAUAUUGAUCAGAAAUAGCUCCCAGCUUCACACUCCAAUGUAUCUUUUCCUCAGCCACUUGGCUUUUGUGGAUAUUGGUUAUUCUUCAUCUGUCACACCUCUCAUGCUCAUCAACUUCCUUAUGGGCAAGACCUCAAUCCCUCUGGGAGGCUGCAUGGCCCAAUUUUGUUUUGCAGCCAUCUUUGGGACAUCUGAGUGCUUCCUGCUGGCUGUGAUGGCUUAUGAUAGGUAUGUGGCCAUCUGUAGUCCCCUACUUUAUUCCACCCACAUGUCUACUAGGGUCUGUACUCUGUUAUUCUUCAUAUCCUACCUGGGUGGUUGUAUAAAUUCUUGGAUCUCUACUGGUUGCUUAUUGAAUCUGUCCUUCUGUGGAUCCAAUAUGAUCAAGCACUUUUUCUGUGAUUAUUCACCACUUUUGAAACUUUCUAAUUACCAGGGCAACCUUGUUGUAAUUCUUCCUGCUGCAUCUGCUGGGUCAGUACUUAUAAUCACAGUGCUAAUUAUCAUAAUCUCUUAUGUAUGCAUCCUCUCCUCUGUCCUGAAGAUAAGUUCUGGUGAAGGGAGAUCCAAAGCUUUCUCAACUUGUACCUCCCACCUCACAGCAGUCACUCUGUUCUAUGGGACCAGUACAUUUAUUUAUGUUUUGCCCAAGUCCAGCUACUCAAGUGAUGAGAAUAAAGUGGUGUCUCUCUUCUAUACUGUAAUGAUCCCCAUGUUGAACCCGCUGAUCUACAGUCUAAGAAACAAUGAAGUAAAAGGGGCUCUGAAGAAACUGAUGAGUAGGGAGCGUCUUUCUUUUUCAUGA